CACACCACCAGGCUUCUCUCUACGCCGCCUCCGCUGCGCUCCCCACACCAAAACCGCAACAAGCCAAGAACCCGUCCGAUCCGCCGGCUUUGCGGUUGCCGGUCGCCAUGGAGCACUACGAGCGGCUUGGCAAGAUCGGGGAAGGCACGUCGGGGAUCGUCUACAAGGCCCGCGACCGCCGCACCGGCGAGACCGUCGCCAUCAAGCGCCUCCGCGUUGCUACCGGCGACGGCUACGGCGACGCGUUCGACGAGACGUUCCGCCGCGAGCUGCGCUGCCUCGAGGCGUGCCGCGGCCACCCCUGCCUCGUCGACCUCCGCGCCGCGCACCUUGACCCCUCCCGUGGCGCGUUCCUGGUCAUGGAGUACGCCGGGCGGAGCCUGGCGGAGGCCAUGCGGCAGCAGGACCACCGCGCCGAGCGGCGGCCGUUCCCGGAGCCCGAGGCGCGCCGCGUGAUGCGGCGGCUCCUGGAGGGCGCGGCCGCGAUGCACGCGCGCGGCCUCCUGCACCGGGACCUCAAGCCCGACAACGUCCUCCUGGACGGCCGCGGCGGCGUCAAGAUCUGCGACUUCGGGCUGUCGCGCGCGGCGGACGCCGGCGCCGGCUCCGCGCCGUACACGCCGGGGGUGGCGACGCUGUGGUACCGCGCGCCGGAGCUGAUCCUGGGGUCAGUGGACUACGACGCGGGCGUCGACACGUGGGCGCUCGGCUGCAUCAUGGCCGAGCUCCUGUCCGGCGGCGCGCCGCUGUUCCCCGGGAGGUCGGAGAUGGACCAGCUCAACAGGGUGUUCGACACGGUCGGGAUGCAGGACAUGCCGUCCUGGCCGGGCUUCGCGCUGCUGCCGCGCGCGGGUUCGCCGCUCUGCAAGCGCGGCAGGCCUCCCAGCAGGCUCCGGGAGCUGUUCCCGGCGCUGUCGGCCGACGGGUUCGACGUCUUGGCCGGGCUGCUGGCGUGCAGGCCGGACAGGCGCCUCACCGCCGCGGACGCGCUCCGGUGCCCGUGGUUCGCGGAUGCCGCGGCGGCGGCGCCUGAGGCCUUGCCGGAUCAGCCGCGCGCUUCGUGCUGCGCCGCCGGCUUCGCCGCCGGUGUCGCAGGUGUUGCCGAGGGAAUCGUAGCGUAGAACUUGAGAAUUAAGAGACAUUUGAUUCUUUGAUUGAUUGAUCAUCUGUAGAUUAUUAAAGGUUACUAUAUUUUCUUUCUGAAAGUACAGUAUAUUCUAAGUUCGACACAGUACCGAUUGCCUUCAUUUGAUGGCAAUCCUCUGUAACCAGUUCUUGACUGACUAGAGAAAUGUGCUUAACGUGGAGAAAUGUUGUCUGUCAGAGAAUGUUGUCUUCAUCUGUUGGAUUGUCAUCAUCUUUCAAGGUUGGUGAAAUACUGAAAUGGUACCUAUUUUAGAAAUG